UUCCGGGAGAUCCUCCUCUUCCGGAUGACGUCGCGGAGCUACCGUUCUGGGAGGCAUAGGGUUUGUCGAAGAAAAGCGACGAGGUUGUUGUCAACACCACGGGUUUCUACACUGCCCCAGCUAAUUUACAGAGAACAACAUGUCAGAUACAGACACGAAACCUUCAAGUCAGGGUGGAGGAGACCAAAAGGACGGAGAGUACAUCAAACUGAAAGUGAUCGGUCAGGACAACAGUGAAAUUCACUUCAAAGUGAAAAUGACCACCCAUCUGAAGAAGCUGAAGGAAUCUUAUAGCCAGAGACAGGGUGUUCAUAUGAGUACCUUACGGUUUCUAUUUGAGGGACAAAGAAUCUCAGACAACCACACUCCAAAAGAGCUGGGGAUGGAAGAUGACGACGUCAUCGAGGUCUAUCAGGAACAGACUGGAGGACUUCGGAAUAAUUAGUCUACCUGGAUUUAACUUUUUCUUUGUUUUUUUACUGAUUAUAUUGUAUUUUAUAUUUGUACAAUUACUGAGUGAUUUUGUUUUGGCUUUGUGUUCCUCUCAGUGGUAGAGAUCUCUGCCAGAGAGGAGAAGAAUAACUGUCUGACACAUCUCCUGUUGUCUUAUCGUCACCUGGUCCCUGGUCUGUUUGUGCUGUUUGGCCAACUUGCGUGACAAAAAAUGUUGGCACCAACAGACUGGCACUCGGGCUGUAUCUGUUGUGUGCUGUUUUGAAAACUCUCAUGAAGGUGUGACGAUGACUGUAGAAGUUGGCAAGACGGCACAAACAGGGUCUGAAUACAUUUCAGAGUACGAGUGCUGAUCAGGGAUCAGUUUAGCCUUUUAAAGGUUUGAAAAAAUAUAUAUAUAUAUUUAACCAGGCAGGUCAGUUAAGAACAAAUUCUUAUUUACAAUGACGGCCUACUGGGGAACAGUGGGUUAACUACCUUGUUCAGGGGCAGAAGGGACAGAUUUUUACCUUGUCAGCUCUGGAAUUCAAUCCGGUUACUGGCCCAACGAUCUAACCACUAGGCUACCUGUCGCCCCCCAUUGACUACAUGAACAAGAGGGACCUUAUCCUACAUCAGCACUCUUCCUGCUUUACGGUUACGGCCACCGGAAACGAGCCUAAUAUGAUCCAGCCAUGUGGUCCAUCAGAAGACUCAUUAGGUUGGAUAGAUACACGAUGUUUUCUUCAGACCCCCCCCCUAGCUUCAGUUUGGUUGAUUGGCAUCCGUCCCCAUAUAUAGCUUUCGACAGUAUAUAUUUUAUUAGCUAUAAAUCCAUACCAUACCAUUUAUUCAAGAUCCAGGUAACUGCCAAAGUAAAGGAAACACCAACAAACAGUGUCUUAACAGGACGCUGGGGGCACCACGAGACAGAACGGCUUCAACGCUCCUUGACAUAGAUUAUACAAGUGUCUGGACCUCUAUUGGAGAGACACCAUUAUUCCAUUAGAAAUUCCAUCGUUUUGUUAACGGUGGGUGUAAAACGUUUUCUCAGGCACCGCUCCAGAAUCUCCCGUAAGUGUUCAGCUGGGUUUGAGAUCUGGUGACUGAGAUGGUCGUGGUAUAUGGGUUUUUAUCGUUUUAAUACUCGUCAAACCAUUCAGUGACCUCUCGUGCCCUGUGGAUAGGGAGGGGGGGGGGGGCAUUGUCAUCCUAUGGGGGCAUUGCCAUGGUAGCCAAAAUAAUGGCCAUGCGCAGAUUUUUUUUUUACAUGACCCUAAGCAUGAUGGGAUGUUAAUUGAUUAAUUAAUUUGGGAACCACACCUGUGUGGAAGCAUCUGCUUUCAAUAUACUUUGUAUCCCCUCAUUUACUCAAAUGUUUUGUUUUGGCAGUUACCUGUAGCUAGCAUGCCACUGUUAUUUCCUGACGUUAUGUCUAGGUGUUAUCCAGACGUUGUUACUUUACAGAUGGGUAUGUAAUACGACGUCAAUAAUGUCUCAUCCUCGGGUUCAUUCAAUACGCUUGUCCACAGUCUUAAGUAACACACCAGGGGUAUUUAAUAACCAUCCAAGUUCCCAUUCACUGCCCGUCUCUCUGUUAGAGAACUUGUAAAAUACCUUACUAAAGGGCUCUAUUCAAUCUGCAUCGUCGAAGUUCAGCUUUUACAGCGUGAUUUGAAAUAUAAAGACAACGUUCACGCUUUAUCGGAGACUUCAUUCCCGGUAAACGCCGGCCGUGUCCCGUGUCGUCGGCUCAACCGGAGAGACAUCAUUCCCGGUAAACGCCGCCCGUGUCGUCGGCUCAACCGGAGAGACAUCAUUCCCGGUAAACGCCGCCCGUGUCGUCGGCUCAACCGGAGAGACAUCAUUCCCGGUAAACGCCGCCCGUGUCGUCGGCUCAACCGGAGAGACAUCAUUCCCGGUAAACGCCGCCCGUGUCGUCGGCUCAACCGGAGAGACUUCAUUCCCGGUAAACGCCGCCCGUGUCCCGUGUCGUCGGCUCAACCGGAGAGACAUCAUUCCCGGUAAACGCCGCCCGUGUCGUCGGUUCAACCGGAGAGACUUCAUUCCCGGUAAACGCCGCCCGUGUCCCGUGUCGUCGGCUCAACCGGAGAGACUUCAUUCCCGGUAAACGCCGCCCGUGUCGUCGGCUCAACCGGAGAGACUUCCUUUUACAUUUCCAGCACGGAAUCUCUUAAACUUUCCAGAUUGAAGAGAGCUUUUAAUCCAUAGUACAUCAUUCGUACUCUGAACUGUAUAGUACUCUGUAGUAUUGAUUACUGUACAUUGAUCUGAACUGUAUAGUACUCUAUAGUACUGAUUACUGUACAUUGAUUACGUUAAAGGCCCAGUACAGUCAAAAACUAGAUAUUCCUUUGUUUUGUAUAUAUUUCCACACUGAGGUUUGAUUCAUAUUUUGAAAAUAGUGAUAAUGCCCUUUUAGUGUAAGAGCUGAUUGAAAUUCCAGCCUGUUUUUGUUUUGGUGGGAUGGAGUUUUCGCCUAGUAAAUUAGUUAAUGGACCUGAAAUGAGAGUUCCAAACCUCUCUGCCAAUAACAGCUAGGUUCCCUCCCCACUCAGACCCUCUCUGCCAAUAACAGCUAGGUUCCCUCCCCACUCAGACCCUCUCUGCCAAUAACAGCUAUGUUCCCUCCCCACUCAGACCCUCUCUGCCAAUAACAGCUAGGUUCCCUCCCCACUCAGACCCUCUCUGCCAAUAACAGCUAGGUUCCCUCCCCACUCAGACCCUCUCUGCCAAUAACAGCUAUGUUCCCUCCACACUCAGAACCUCUCUGCCAAUAACAGCUAUGUUCCCUCCCCACUCAGACCCUCUCUGCCAAUAACAGCUAUGUUCCCUCCCCACUCAGACCCUCUCUGCCAAUAACAGCUAUGUUCCCUCCCCACUCAGACCCUCUCUGCCAAUAACAGCUAGGUUCCCUCCCCACUCAGAACCUCUCUGCCAAUAACAGCUAUGUUCCCUCCCCACUCAGACCCUCUCUGUCAAUAACAGUUAUGUUCCCUCCCCACUCAGACCCUCUCUGCCAAUAACAGCUAGGUUCCCUCCACACUCAGACCCUCUCUGCCAAUAACAGCUAUGUUCCCUCCCCACUCAGACCCUCUCUGCCAAUAAACAGCUAGGUUCCCGCCCCACUCAGACCACUCCUAGACAGUCCUUGCAAAAUUCUUGCUUGAGAAAUUGCUCUUUGCUAAGAAGCUAUUUUGUUUCUUUCUGACCAUUAUUUAAUUCAAAAACAAUCGCAGUAAGGUACUCCAUUGUUACUCAGAAAUGAUUUUGAUAUUGCGUUACAUCCUUUCAUCCAUGUUCUCUUUUGUAAAAAAAAAAAUGACUGGUCAAUUUAACACGGUGUUAAACAUAUUGACAUACCUUUCAAUCCCACAAAACCCAUCACCACUGUACUUAUUCAUGACAGGAUAAAGGCUGUGAGUUCCCAGCCAAAAAUACUGAGCAGUUUCUUAAUUCUGACAAACCUUGUAUAGCAAACGUUAGCAUUGUACACAGUUCAUAUUUUCUAAAAGAAAAUCGUGCAUUCACAUGUUACCCCUCUUUUAUAUUUUGUAUAUGUCUUUUUAUAUAUAUAUAUUAUUUGAGUAAGACUCUUUUUUUUAUUGUAUUAUUGCACAGCAUCUCAUGUUUAUUAGUUAUUAGUUAUUUGUCUCAUUUAAGGAGGGGAAACCACGAUAUGCAGUUUGGGUAUGUUCUACGCGGAUGAUCAGUUUUGGGUAUGUUCUACGUGGAUGAUCAGUUUGGGUAUGUUCUACGUGGAUGAUCAGUUUGGGUAUGUUCUACGUGGAUGAUCAGUUUGGGUAUGUUCUACGUGGAUGAUCAGUUUGGGUAUGUUCUACGCGGAUGAUCAGUUUGGGUAUGUUCUACGUGGAUGAUCAGUUUGGGUAUGUUCUACGUGGAUGAUCAGUUUGGGUAUGUUCUACGUGGAUGAUCAGUUUGGGUAUGUUCUACGUGGAUGAUCAGUUUGGGUAUGUUCUACGUGGAUGAUCAGUUUGGGUAUGCUGUACGUGGAUGAUCAGUUCGGGUAUGCUGUACGUGGAUGAUCAGUUCGGGUAUGCUGUACGUGGAUGAUCAAAGCAAAGCAGAGGUCAAGCCGUAAAGGAUUGUACAUCCCCAAAUGGCACCCUAUUCUCUGAUGUAGUGCACUACUUUUGACCCGGACCCUAAUUAAGUGCAGACAAUGUUUCACUGCGUUGAGCCAUAGAAUCACUUUUGAUUUAAGUCACUCUUUAGAGAUGUAUUUUUUUUUUUAAAUAUUUUAGUUGCCAUGGAAGUGAAUGCAGUGCACACAGCGUGUAUCCCGAAUAGCACCUUAUUCCCUUUAUAGUGCGUUACUUUUGACCAGAGUCCUUGUUAAUAGAGCGCCAUUUUGGUGUUAUUUGGGUGUGAAGACACCUGAAAGGAGGAGUUGCUCUGGAAAGGUUUGAGGUUGGAAGAUAUUUCUUUUUUUAAAUAAAAACGUCUUUUAAAAUA